AUGAUAUCAAUAAGUGAUUUACCGAAUGAUAUACUCAGCGAUAUAGCAUCGCUUCUCCACCAAUUCGGCCUAGUUAAUUUAAGUCAAACAUGCCGAUCACUAAAUUUCGUAUGUCGCCAAUUGCUAUACACAAAUAUAUAUAUCACAGAGAAAGAUUAUCCAAUUAUAGAAUGUAUUAGCAAACAAUCAGAAGUGUCAACUUCAUUUUAUAAUUGGUCUAUUAUAAACUACACUAACCGGACGUUGCCACGGUUGAAACUAUUUGAAAGGUCCUUAAAAGAAAACCCUAAACUUAUUCGUCUAGUUAAGAAAAUAAUCACUGAUAGCAUAAAGUUUGCACUAUUCAAGUUGAAGUUCUGGUGUAAUAGUUUAUUCCAAGGAAGCAACGUGAACGAAAUCUACAUCGGGAACAUACCGUUAGUUCAUUUUCAACUUAUUUUUGAUGACCUAUACUCUGCUUAUCGGUCAAAAGGUAUCCUAUCGAAUCUCACGAUCUUGCAACUACGUCAUUUACAGGAUUUAAACGAUAUACUAAAAUAUAUUGAUAUCGAAACAACCCAUGUCACUGCUAUAUCGUUUAUUUUAGCCGAAAUCAAAAGUCUUGGUUUGGGUGUGGAUGAUAAGAAAAAAGCAUUGGGGUUAUUCCUGAAACUCACCCGUUUGUAUAUCUGUUCAGUUCAUCACUUGGGGUUAAACUUCCUACAAGGUAUGAAAGACGAUCUUGGUGAUGAUGUAUUCCAAGUUAAAGAACUACAAAUUAGCCAUCUACAUGGCCAACUAAAUGGUAGAAGUCGGUUUGACUUCAGUCAUGAGUAUGAUCCAGCAAGAGAGAGACAACUAGACUUCAAUGUCAUUAAGGGUCUAUUCAAAUUAGAAAACUUGGAGGACAUAGAACUUAAAAUAGGGUGCAACCACAUUGGCUGUCCUCCCCGGGGGCAAAAUAUACCCUUCGACGAGUCUAUAAAUACAGGGUGUGAUUGUCUCGUAAGAUUUUUCGGCGGGUUUUAUGGGUCAGUAAGUGCCUUGAGGUAUUUAUCUCGAUUGUCCAUCACCAGAAUCGGACAAUCGAUAGUAAUAAAUCCAUGCAACUUCUACAUUUUCAAACACCAACUUGUGCAUCUAUUUCUGGCCCGCUUUGAAACCCUCCAAACGUUGGUGCUAGAUACGAAUGCAGAACUCCACUCGGAUCUGUAUUUUAGCCAUAUCGACCCCGUACCUAAUAAUAUGGUAUCAGCGUUCAUAAAUCAAAAUGACAAGCUUGCAAGCAUGAUCCUCGGCAUCCACCAUAUAUGCCUUCCCGAUUAUUUCCUGUCAGUUCACGUAUGGGACAGGGCCCAAAAAGACAAUUCCUUCUGCAAAUGUACUGAAUGUACCACGGCUGAGGCUUCCAUAACAGACUUCAUAACCACCAAUAAGAAAAUUCAUUCGUACGUCGAUCCGACAUCCAUCAAGUCAUCGGAGGAGUUCUACUUCGAGAUGGUUUGCACCGUCCUAUCCCGAACCUCCCACCUCCCCCAUCUUGACUCAAUUCCGCGUUACUUAAUCAUGUCGCAUACUACUCGUCCGCUAAUGCGCCUACAUGACUACUUCAAGCACAACUUGAAACCACCCACCGCACCCUCCUGUAGGUGUACGGGUCAAGAAUACCUCCUAUACAAGUCAUACUUGAUUCACCAGUUACAAGCGGGCCUAGCACGUAGAUUUUUUGGCUCGACCCUAACAUUAAAUGGUUUGGAUAUAGUUGCUCUUGCGCCAAAUAUAACUUGA